AUGAACAAACUUCUUUUACGCCCUUCUUCUCUUUACUCUUGUCUUCUACACUUUUUACCCAGUUCAUAUAAAGGUUUUUUAAAGGUUCCUGACGUGGUUCAAUUCCAAGGUAAUCAAACUCUCUGCGGUAUAGGAGGAAAUUUGGAUAAUAACUAUAAAAACGAUGUUGUGUAUAGAAACGGUACAGUGUUCCAAAUUACUAAUAAUCCUGUAAAAUACGAUGCAGCAUUUAAUCACGCGGAAGAUUCAUGGAUCACCACGAAUUUCCUGGAACUUCGACCAAACGCACCGGCUUGUGUUACCGGAGAACAAGCCAGUGAUUUGACAAACUGUGAUUCACAAAAUGCUGCUACUGUAUGUGCUCCAAUACAGGCUGCAAUGUCUGAAGAUGGCCCAUUUUCAGAUUGUUAUGUUCUUGGAAACGACACGAUACAAGCAAUGUAUGAUAACUGCGUUUAUGAUGUCUGCCAUACUCCGGAACAAAAAUGCAAUGUGCUACAGAUGUUUGCGAGAACCUGCCAAGCAGCUCCUGGAGGCAACAUUGGAGAUUGGAGAACUGCAACAUCUUGCCCUCCUCAAACUUGUCCUUUGCAUUCUCAUUACGAAACCUGCAGAUCGUCUUGUCCAGCCACCUGCAUUGAUUCGAGUGCUCCUGACUUUUGCGAUCUACUAUGUUCUGAGGGCUGUACGUGUGAUCAAGGCUAUGUUCUUGAUAACACGCAGAUCUCCACUCUGACAUGCGUACCCCUUGAGGAAUGCGGAUGCACUGAUACAAAUGGAAAUUCAUAUCCAGGUAUGUAG